UGGCUGACUCGUAGAAAUGUAUACUCAACUUAUUUCCAAGCGAGUUUAGUUUCUCAUAGUGGCCUGUUGUGAGUGGAAUUACGAGAUAUUUAUCGCGCGUUUUUAUUAAAAAUAGUAACAAAAAAUAUUUAAAAGAAUAUUAUUUUGCAGUAUAUUCAAUUGAAAUUUAUAUAAUUACGUGCAUUUCAAUACCGAAAUCAAAAUUUUCUUCAUAUAAUAAUAAAAAUUUUAACAUAAAAUUGUUGAAUACAAUUUGCUUGUUUGUGAAGCAAAAAGAAAAAAAAAACGAGUACAAAAAAGACUAUCGAGCAGAGUGAAAUAGUCAAGCAAGCAACACAAGAAAGAAAAAUAAAAGCAGCCGUACAAUUUGUAUUUACAAAGUUUACAACAAAUUAUUUAAUAUAAAAACAAAAAUCAAUUAAAAAAAAAUCUUCAAAGAAAAAAGUUGCAAGGAAUUCCCACAUUUCCAUUUUUGAUAUUAGCGUUUGCUGCUAUUAAAAUCCCACAGAAGUUAUACGCUUCCACAACGGCACAUACUUUUACAAUAUUACAUCACUCCACUGCUCCAUCAUUAACCGCCACAAUUGCGAAGAAACAACGGCAAGCGCCCGCCGGCGACGUUGGUGUCACUGUCGUCGCCGAUGGUAACGUUACUGCACUGAACGCCCCCACUAGCAGCAACAGCAUCAAAGCCGGUGGUGGUCAAAUGUCGCUAACGCCGCGCUUCACGACCGAAGAGAAGGAGAUCCUCUAUAGCCUAUUCCAUCAGCACGAGGAAAUCAUUGAUAUCAAGUUUCGGAAGAAGCAGAGGAGUAAAUAUUCGGUACGCGAUACUUGGGAUCAAAUCGUGCACGAAUUCAAUGGACAUCCCAGCGUCAGUCAGCAGCGCAAUGUCAAGCAGAUACAAAAAUUUUGGCUCAAUGCAAGACUUCGCAAACAGUAUCCAUUUCGUAUAAAGUGUAGUAAUGUAGCAAACUCACUUAAUGGCAAUCAAUCCCAGCUUGUUACUCACGUCAUAAAAGAUGAGCCCGAAUAUUUGAAUAAUAACGACACUGCCGAACAGGGAACGGAAAAUGAAACUUUCGAGGAAAUUGAAAUGGAUGCUAGUGUCACCCAAUUAGAUGAGGAUUCAAAUGAUCCACAUCAAGAACAACAAACACACCAUCAUCAACAACAACAGUUGCAACAACAUGUACAACAUCAACAAACAAACACCAUACAAACACAACAAAUUAGUGUCGAUCAAAUAAGUGCCGACAAACUAACGUUGAAUGAUCUGUUGCAGUUCAAGACCGCACGCCCACGCGAUGAAAUUAUAUUGCAAAUCAAACAAGCAGAUGCCACAAGUUCACAAAUAACUAUACCUUCACCCACACGUAUCACCAUACCAACACAUCAGCAGCAACAUGCAAUGGCAACUAUAACUGCAAGUGGCUACAAUCAGCAAAUAAUCAGUGAAAUCAAACCACAACAGAUCACAUUGGCACAAUAUCAAGCACAGCAACAGCAACAGUUGCAACAACAGCAGCAACAACAAAUGCAACAGCAGCAACAACACUUGCAACAUCAGCAAAUUGCUGUAGCACACCAACAGCAGCAACAACAACAGCCACAACAAGUAAAAAUUCAAUUACAAUCUCCAGCUGCACAAUUUACUAAUGGCACACCCACCUUCACAUGCACGACAUUCAAUGCAGUACCAGCUACUGCUGCAACAGCAACCGUUGCUGCACCAACAACCGCAAGCAUUGCAUCCGCGGCUACUACAGCGGUCACUGUUGACUCCUUCGAAGAAAAAAUUAAUUAUUUCAAACUGAAAGAGGCCGAAUUACGCUUUAAGGAAGAGCAAGUGGCGCUUGAAAGAAAGAAAAUUGAUUUGAGCCGAGCUCAAGAGGAACUUAAACAUCUGCGAGAAGUACAUCAUCUACAAGUCGAGGAAUUGAAACUGAAGAUACGUAUUUUGCAAGAGGAAGAAAAGGUCAUGCGAAAAAAUAUAAAUCCUGUGCAAUCUUAGGAGCAAAAUGGAUUCUAUUGCAAACCAGGAUAGUCGUAAAACAACAGUUUAGUUUUAUUAUUUCAUUUAAGCAACGCAGUUUAUAAAUAACAAUUAUUCUAGAUUUUAUUAGUUUUAUACAUUA